CCUGCACCUCGACCACGGCCCGCUACACACGUGCUUAAGCAUAACUUCUAGUCCCCAAAUCACUGCUAUCAUGGCCCUCCUCUUCCAAGCCACCGACUACACGCCCCCCUCGUCCCCGACCCAUCCACCCUCCCCAUCCAAGUUCUCCGACUCCAUGACAACGCCCCGGCUCACCCGCACACCCACAUCCCCCACGAAACCCGUUUCCGUCUCCCCAGCAAAACCCCCCUCCGACCCCCAAUCCAACAUAACAAAGGCCCUGCGCACACUGCACCGCACAACCAGCGCCUUCGCCCUGCGCCCCCAGGCCUCUGCUGCCUCGCUGCGUGUACCAGGGAGUCCGACGGGGCCGCGCGAGGUCGUAGGGCGGUGGCCGUUUUCAAGAUCUACGACGGCGACGUCGAUGGCUGCGGGUAGUGAGGUGGGGGCGCGUUUUGAGGGGGUGCUGGCUCGGGCAGAGGGGGAGGGAGAGGGGGAGGGAGAGGGGGAGACAGUGGGGGAGACAGUGGUGGAUGGGCGGCGGAGGGGUGAGGCGCGGGAGAGGGUUGUGCGGAUGCGGGGGUGGUUGAUGGAGCCUGAGGGGAACGCGAAGGGGGCCGUGAAGGGCGGGGAGCGGGAGCGGGUGAGGCUCAGGGUGGACAGCGGGACGUACGAGGCCGUUGAAUCGUCCACCUCCACUAAUCUCCCCGACACGCCUGGUCUCUCUGCGACCACGCCUCCCCCAACGCCUCCCACUCCCACAGCCACAACCACACAAACACAGAAACACCACGGAAAUGCACAUCUACCCCCCCUCCACGAAGACACCCUCUUCCUCUCCCUCCACGGCCCUUACUCACACACCCGCACCCACACCCCGCGACUAUGCACCUGCUGCAACACCCCCGGCGCGGCCUGGACCCUGCACGGCUGCGGCCACGGCGUGCACGCGCGGUGUGUAGAGCAACUCGGCAGUCAUAGCAGAGUAAAGAGGGAUGGGGGGUGUGGAAGGUGCGAGGGGCUGGGGCGGUGGGUGGAUGGGAGUGGUGAUGUGCUGGUGGAGGACCCGGCGGCGUGUUUUGCUGCUGUGUGGGGAGGGACUUGUCUUGACGGUGGAGUGUUACUCGACGAGGGGCUCACAACUCCAAAAACGCAGAGCUAGUCGAUACUGCUCAGCUGGACGGUGUGAGAUUGUGCCGGCGUGUGCAUGCUCUGCCUAUGUCUUUGGUCAUCUUGGAUUACACGUCUGGAUUCGAGUGCAUGGGUAUAUUGAGAUCAAGACUCUGAUGUUCAUGGAUUGGAAAUACUCACUAUGCGCAUGGAAACGAAUGAAAUCAUCAUGGAAAGCGAGGAGAAUUGUAACUCUGUCUGGUGGUCAUCCCGCGUACGAUGAUAUCCGCACGGCAGGCCUCGCAGCUUGUGAAUUGUGCAUGGCCAACAG